GACCCAAAGGUCCGCUAGGCGUCGUAAGUUCUUGCUGUGGUUGCCAUGCUUUCUGAUAUCUAAUCAUUCGAUCCAAAGCACCGCAUAUUUACUUACAGCUACCCGGGCUUGAUCCUUCCUACUGUCCCUCUGAUGACGCUGGGUAGUGCAAUUGGCGGGGCCAUCAUCAACGUGCCUGAGUGGUAAGAGGGCUACGACAAGACUCUAGUCGGUGGUGUAUUAGCUGCCAUGUUGUCCCCUGCUGGUGGCUUUGGAAAGCUCGUUGUUGUCGUCUUGGCCUUUACCCUACUCGGCAACGUUUCUGGCACUCUCUACGCCAUUACGCUGAAUUUUCAGACGUUUAUACCUUGGCUCACUCGAGUUCCUCGCUAUAUCUUUUCGGUCAUCGUCACAGCCAUCAUGAUUCCGGUCGCUAUCAAGGCAGCUGAUGACUUCUUUCUCAGCUUGGAGAACUUUGUGGCUUUGAUUGGGUACUGGUCUGCCUCCUUCGUCGGUAUUGUACUAAUAGAUUACUUUCUGUUCCGCAAGGGAAUCUCCAAGUUGUACGAUCAUCGUCUUUGGAACAUCUCAUCCGGUCUUCCCAGUGGUGCGGCAGCACUCGGGGCCGGCAUCCUGAGUUUCGGUCUCGUCAUCCCUUGUAUGGCUCAAGCCUGGUGGACUGGACCGAUUGCAGAAACGACGGGUGAUAUAGGGUUCGAGGUUGCCAUUAUAUUAAGCGCCACUUUCUACCUUCCCUUGAGGUAUUUGGAGCAAAAGAUUCUUCAUCGGUAGACUUCUCACCACUGCCACUGCCGCCAACUAUUGUUUAGCUUGUAAUUUGAUAUCUGUAUGUUCAGGAUACCUAAUUCGCUGUUAGCCACAGGAUCUGGUGUCAAGUCUUUCUACGGGAUCGACAUCUUCCUCUUAGUCAC